AGCAGUGACGUCGUCGUAGAGAUCCUCGGUGCCCACGUAGGUUGCGUCUAGACUCGGUGGUUACGCUUCCAGGGGGUGAAUUGGUGAACUCACUGCAAAUUCUGAUUACCGUUUAAAUUGACGAUGGCUGUGAGAUUGAGUUGGGUUUCUAUUGGCAUUGUGGGAGAAUUGAUGCGAGAGAGUAGCGUGAACGCGUUCUGAGUUUGGAAAUCUUUGGGUGCUGUAGUGCACUGAGGAUCGUUCCUCACUUCGUUUCGUUGCAGGUGUCGAGUUCUGUUGUUUGGAGUUUGUAUUUUUAUUUAUAUUUACUUUUUCUUUUUUUAGUAUUCUCGCUGAUUUUACAUUUUCGAUGGACUGUUCAAUUUCGUGUAGGAUUAUGGUUGUCGUUGGCAGGGAAAGGUUCGCGUUUGAUGUGUGUAGAAUGAUAUGACAGAUGAUCGAAGGGGUUUAGUUGUGCGUGUUUGUUGUUUUUCUGAGCUUCGUAUUCGAGAGGGCAUCGCUGCACUCAUCUGCACAGUUCAUGAGCUUUUGAUAGGAUAAGCAGGCUGGCUUAGACAUCGGGGGUAUUAUGAAGGCUCCACUUUCAUUUGCUUCGGUCUCUCGACAGUGGUGAAGUUCACUUCCGUUGCAACGUUCGGCUGUAGCAUUCACGCUGUGACUUGUUCUGGAAUGGAAGCUGAUGCGAUAGAGCGGCGCUAGGAGCAAGGUCAAUGUGAAGACGGAUUCUUCUUAGAGCUUCGAUUCCGGCAACUCAUGACGGCCCGUGUGAUCGCUGCAGCGAGUUCGUCUCUUAUGCUCACCUUCGUCACGUAAACCCACAAAGCGGUAAGGCUUACUCAUUGCUGCGAACAGUUUUUGUUUCCGGUCACUGAGUGACCACUUUCCCCUUGUCAAUGUCAAAGGGCAAAAGUGCAUCAGAGAAGAUGCAACGCGUUGUGCGCAAGCUCCAAAGGCGAAUCGGUAAUAACAACCAGCAAUAUCAGAAGCUCAGUCCCGAUGCAGCAUCGCUCAGGAUUGGAGUAAGUUUACCCAAACGAACCUCCUUGUCUGGAUUACGGCAAAUUGCUCCAGAAUCAGAUGACGAGCCUCCAGACUUCGCCCCUUCAGAUGUGCCACAGGGCUUUCUGGCCGUCUACGUUGGGAGCGAGAGGCAGAGAUUCGUCAUCAGCGCUGCUUCUCUCAAGCAUCAAAAGUUUAAAGAGUUGCUGGAGAAAUCUGCUGAAGAAUAUGGGUUUGCGCACAAAGGUGGGUUGAACAUUGCUUGCGACGUCGUCUACUUCGAGUAUCUCUUGCGGUAUAUCAAGGGGAGGUAGCCCAGGAUACAGCUGAACUGUAGGACCUGCUUCCCCAAUCGAUAUUCGAUUCUCUCAGAAGCAACUCUUCUCCCAGGAAAUUACACUCGCAAGCCAUUACUGAAACGCAGAAUAGUGGUAUUUCCCAAGGCAGCAGCUGAGGCUCAUUUUCAGAGACACAGGAGUAGCUAGAUGGCAGGAUAUUCAAUAGUUAUUCGCAGUUGAACGGGGUAUCAGAACAGAUGAAUGAUCUGCUGAUCGAUGUAUAUAACGAAGUUGUGAUUGAAGCGUCAGGGACGUCAAGGAAAAACAAAAGACCAUACAAACGAAGCGUUUUUAGAGAAUAGAAUUUAGAAAAUUACUGUAACAUCACAAAAGUGUUGACAUUAUUAGUUUCCCCGAGUUUGCAAUGAUCCGAGAUGUGGUGUAAAGGUUUUGGUGAAUCAAUCAUUUGGCUGAACCUCUUUCACUCA